AUGGGAUAUAGAAAUGUUAAGGAGUUGUGGUAUUCCCUGGGUCGUGUAUUAGAAGAUAGGUUGGAAUUGUUAAGUGAUGACAUAGGAGCAAUGCAUAUCGUGAGCAUUGCGUUAUUGAAUGGUAAAGCUCAUUUGUUUGUGGUUCACAUGGUGUCCGAACCUGAUUAUAUUAAUAUGUUGCAAUAUGAUGUUGGUGAAGAAGGUGAGGAUGGUGAAGAUGGUGAAGGUGAAGGUAAACUUAGUGAAGAGGUUGAAGAACAAUGUGGUGAGGAUGGUGAAGGUGAAGGUGGUGAAGAUGGUGAAGUUGGAGAAGAUGGUGAAGGUGGUGAUGAUGAUGAAGUUGGAGAUGUUGGUCAUGAUGGUGAUGAGACAGCAGAUGGUUUAUUUGGAGAAGUUGCUGAAGUUGGACAAGAUGGUGAAGUUGGAGAUGUUGCUAAACUUGGAGAAGAGGGUGAAGGUGGAGAUGUUGCUGAACUUGGAGAAGAGGGUGAAGGUGGAGAUGUUGCUGAACUAGGAGAAAAGGGUGAAGGUGGUGAUGUUGCUGAAGUUGGAGAAAAGGGUGAAGGUGGUGAUGAUGGUGAAUAA